AUUCAUAUGGAUAUAGCCAUCUUUAAGAGAUCAUCUUGUGUCUACUGCAUAUAUUCGAGGAUUAUCUGCUGGUGCUUUUAUUGGUAGCAAAGAAGAAGAUCAACUUACCCGUGGAAUCCCUUUCACAUAGGAAAUGACGGAGGUUACCAUACCACAGAAUCUGCAUCCAAGGCUCAAGCUGUGAAGGUCCAGCCUAUUGCAGUCCCUGCAAUUCCGGUAGACGAAUUGAAGGAAGUAACUGACAACUUCGGGACGAAUUCUUUAAUUGGAGAGGGCUCAUAUGGAAGAGUCUAUUAUGGAAUUCUUAAAAGUGGACAGGCUGCUGCCAUAAAGAAGUUGGACGCAAGCAAACAACUGGAUGAUGAUUUCUUGUCACAGGUUUCCAUGGUUUCAAGGCUAAAACAUGAAAAUUUUGUUGAAUUACUUGGUUAUUGUGUUGAUGGAAGCCAACGUGUACUCGCCUACGAGUUUGCAUCCAAUGGAUCUCUCCAUGAUAUUCUUCAUGGAAGGAAAGGCGUUAAAGGAGCUCAACCUGGUCCUGUUCUUUCAUGGUUGCAAAGGGUGAAAAUUGCAGUUGCUGCCAAAGGUCUGGAAUAUUUGCAUGAGAAAGCAGAUCCACACAUCAUUCAUCGUGAUAUUAAAUCCAGCAAUGUAUUGAUCUUUGAUGAUGAUGUUGCUAAAAUUGCUGACUUUGACUUAUCGAAUCAAGCUCCUGAUAUGGCAGCACGUCUCCAUUCUACACGUGUUCUUGGAACAUUUGGCUAUCAUGCUCCAGAAUACGCAAUGACAGGACAACUGAAUGCAAAGAGCGAUGUGUACAGCUUUGGCGUAGUCCUGCUUGAGCUUCUCACUGGACGAAAGCCUGUAGACCAUACACUGCCUCGUGGUCAGCAGAGCCUAGUGACAUGGGCCACACCAAAACUCAGUGAAGACAAGGUCAGGCAGUGUGUGGAUACAAAACUGGGUACGGAUUACCCUCCCAAGGCAGUUGCCAAGAUGGCUGCUGUUGCUGCGUUGUGCGUGCAAUAUGAAGCUGAUUUCCGACCCAACAUGAGCAUCGUAGUCAAAGCAUUGCAACCUCUGUUAAAUACCAGGCCUGGAAAUGCUGGUGAAACUGGUCAAACGUAGAUCUGUGGCCAAUUUUUGAGUUGCUGAUGCUCUUCAGGCGAAAAAUACAGGAGCUUGAGCAAAAGUCUCUCUUUCACUUUCACACUGGACAAGUGUCAAGUGUAUAUGAUAUAUAUAUACAUAUAUGCAGCGAGAGAGAUUCAUUUCCAAGAUUUUAAAGUAAAUUUUGUACUCGAUCGAGAACAUCCAUCCGUCUUCCUUUCUUCUUCUUAUCAUUAUUAUUAUUAUUAUGAUGACCAUCGUUGAUGUUGAUGUUGAUGUUGAUGUUGAUGUUGCUACUGCUAUUUUCAGUCAGUCCCUGCUCUGCUUACAUUUGUUUGUUCAUGUUCAUGUUCAUGUUCAUAAUAAUAACAAAAUGUAUCUGGAUGUUGUACUCAAAAA